AUACCCCAUACGUUUGACCUCACGAUGAUACCAUUGACUAGUCUUUCAAAACCACUUUUUUUUGAAAAUCUGUAUUUUUGAUACCCUUCACUUCAAUUCAGAGCUAGCUAGCUCCAGGCCAGCUAGCUCUGAAUAUGAGUCAGUUCGCGUUCCAUGUUCGGAUCGGACACAAGUCAGCUAAUAAUAAAAAAUGACUACAUAUUAGGAAUAGAAACAGUUUUGUUGACACCAAUCUGUGAAAGGAAGCGCUUUGACGGAGGAUGCAUCGUUUUAGACAGGCCGUGAGUAAUGUGAUGGCUAAUGUAGCCACUAUACAACACUCUGGCAUUAAUAGAGAGAAGACUAUGGAAGGAGACCCAGAGAAGGAAGAAAAAUAUGAAUAUUCUAGAGCAGAAUUCCUCCAGCUCAGUAGUGAAGAGGUUGCCAUAGCAACAGACAUUAUCAUUCGACCUAUAAUGGUUCCUCGAGAUCUAUCUAAACUACCAUGGUACAGUGGUUAUGCAGAAGUUGUGAAUGCUGGGAAGAGUAAACUAAAUGAAGACCAGGCAGCUGCCAGACAUAUGUUUAUCAAUAAUGAACACAGUCUAGAGAAAACACUUGAUACAAGCCCUGGUAAUGGUCUUCUAAUCAAGGAUUCUGAUCAGAUUCCGCUAACAUAUUUUGCAAUCUUUGAUGGUCAUGCUGGAUCAGGAGUAUCAGUAAUGGCAUCUCGUGUUCUUCAUACACGAAUCUUUGCUAAACUAGAAUCAGUAUAUGAUCUCCUUGCUAAUAGCUCAAUAGAACAGAGACAGUUUACAAGGUCAGGUGAUCAGAGGCCCAAUAAAUGGCCAUUUACAGAGAAGGAAAUGUCUGUAGAAAGCUUAGUGGUUGGAGCCUUGGAGUCUGCUUUUGUUGAAAUGGAUGAGCAAGUAAGGAAAGAGAAGUUAGACUAUCACAUACCAGGUGGUUGUACUGUUCUAGUAGCUAUCUUUCUCUUGGGGAAGCUCUAUGUAGCCAAUGCAGGAGACUCAAGAGCUAUCAUCUGUCGUGAAAAUAAAGUACUACCAAUGUCAACAGACUUCACACCUCUUAGUGAAAGACAGAGAUUACAGAUGGUAGCAAGCACCAACCCACAGCUUCUUGGUUCAGAGUUCUGUUGUCUGGAGUUUCAAAAACGGGUCCAGAGGAAAGACCUUGGCAAGAAGCUCAUGUAUAGAGAUCAAAACAUGACUGGAUGGGCAUAUAAGGAAGUGACGGAAGAAGACAUCAAGUUUCCACUCAUUUAUGGUGAAGGAAAGAAAGCCAGAGUACUAGCAACCAUAGGUGUAACAAGAGGGUUUGGUGAUCAUGAAUUGAAAGUUCAUGGUACAGAUGUAUAUAUCAAACCAUUCCUAUCACCGGUACCAGAGGUGAAAGUGUACAACCUUUUUGACCGAGAUAAUUCUGAAGAUGAUGUACUAAUUAUGGCUUCAGAUGGAUUGUGGGAUGUGUUGUCUAAUGACAGAGUAGCAGAGGUUGUGUCAGAAGUUCUCAAAAGCUUUCCUCCUAAUGAUUAUAAGAAGUAUGCAUCAGCAGCUCAAGAGCUUAUCAUGGCAGCAAGAGGAGUAUUAAGAUUAAAUGGAUGGAGGACAUUAAAAGAAAAUAAAUCAGGCUCAGGUGAUGACAUCACAGUAUUUGUGAUUCCACUCAAUAAGCAUACUAGUAUGGACAGACAAAGCAGUAUGACAGAAUCACAUGAUGCCAGCCCUAUGAGCAGUUAACAUUAUCAGCAAUAUAAAGACUAUUAUUAGCUGGCUGUGUAUGUUUAUAUGGAGAGAGUGAUAUUGAUGGUGCUAUGAAGAGAUACCACAAAGGAGAACCAAUGAAACAUCACCAUUUACUUGUAGAUGAGGAAGAAUUCUUUGAUAUAUGGAUAUGCCAGCCUUGGUUAUGACAGGGAGAUGAUCAUUCUGAAAUAAUUUUCUUUCAUGAAGAGAUAGUUUGAGUCAAGUCUAACUACGAUCUAAGUGACAAAUAAUCCCAAACGAAAUGGUUAGGUAAUUUUUACUUACAAAUAGAGAGAAAAAAAUGCAGAACUGAAAUUCUGUCAUUCACAAUACCGGUAGUUUUCUUGCCAUUUGCAUGUAGAAGCUUUCAUUGAAGCAUUUAGGAUGUAUUCCCUCAAUAGUAGUUUGUUUUAUUUAGUAUUUAUUCAGAUUGCAGAUUUGGGCUGGUUUGCACGGCACCAUAAUUCCUUGAUGUUUGGUUAGCAGCUUGGUGGAGAAUAGCAAUGUGAUGCUAAAUGAUGUCAGUACUGCAGUGGAAUUGAUCCCUAGAUCUUUUGGUUCAGUCUUGAAAAUGUCAUCCUAAAACUGUCACAAAUCUGAAAGAUAUUCAAUUGUUACAUACAAAGGUUUAGGUAAAAGAAUAAGAAUUUAUAAUGAUUUGUAAUAUAUAUACAAUUUUAUUUAUUGUGUUGAUUGACAAAAGGGGUGUUGCACAAACAUUUUGCAAUCAAUUCAAUUAAAUUGAUCACUUUUUACUUAAGAAAAUAAACUUUUGUUGCAAAAAGCUGACUAAAAGUCAAUUGAAAAUAAAUCGCAAGACUUUUGGGGACCUAGGAUUGACUUAUCCCUUAUCGGGUUUCUAACUUGAUGUAUCAAUCUGUCAUUUUGAUGGCUACAUGUACAUGUAUAUCUCAAACGACCCUGAAGUAGUAUUUUGAGAUACAAGACAAGUUAGAUAAAGGAUGUCUUAGCUCAUGGAUGAAUUACUGCCCUGUCAGUAUGGAAUAGUUUGAAGCAUUGCUGAAGAAUUAAAUAAAUGAUGUUUGUAGACCUUCCUUCAGUUGUUAUGUGAUCCAUUUGAUGAUAAAUGCUUAGGAUGAGAGAUGACAGUAUUGAAUGGAAUGCAUAGUAAGCAUUUGUAGUUAAGUGAUUCAGUAUGCAUUAUGUUCCAUGUGUGUAGAUUUUUGAGAUAUUGUAUCAUUUGUAGAAAUGUGUGUUUUAUAUGAUUAUGUACAUGAAAUUCAAGCCAAAAGAGAUUGUUUUCUAUUUAAUCUGUAAGAGGUACUUUUUAAAUUGUACUGAUCAUGUUUUAAUUGUGGUAUAAAAAUGCUAUGAAUAUUUUUAUUGAAUCAGUACUUAAAAAAAUGAAAUAUAAUUUUAUCAAAUAGAUAAACGAAUCAUCUUCCAUUGCAAUUGAUCAGAUGUUUUACAUGCAGUCAUGUAUAUAAUGAUAGCAUGGUUGAAAAAAAAUUCUGCCGAAUAAUUAUAAUUGUUCACUGUGAUGAUAUUUGGUGAAAUGUAUCCUUGCCUGUUUUUUUGUGAAAAUUUAUUUGUUUAUUGUAAUAUAACUUAUAGUGUGUGGGAGAACUGUGUGAUAUGACUUAACUUCAGUACACCAAUAUUACAAUGUCAUAGAUGUAUGUAUGUACACUAUUUAUUCACUGGAUAGUGAAUGGCUUUAAAAUGUUGGUAUGCUUUAAUAGAAAAUGAUGUGAUUGUACAUUGUGUAGCAUCGCUGAUGGUACUCAGCACAUGUAAUUCAUAGUGAAAGGAACCAAAAGUGAUAAUGAAAUUAAGUGAAAUUUAAAACCAAAUUCGAAUAAUGUAUCAUUCACACAGGCGUCACAUGUUUAUUUUUGUGGUCUAAAAGGGAAAUUACAAACUACUAGUAUAACUCUCUUCAAUACACAAGUAUGGAAGUAUGGAUGCACAAUAACAUAAUUUCUUUGCCAUUCACUGUUAUUGUCUCGCCCACCAGAGGUGAAGGCGAGACUUAGGGACCCAAAUGUCGUCCGUCCAUCACAAACAUUAUGACACAUAACUCCACAACCGUAGGUCACUUUUCAAUCAAACUUGGAUGGUAGAUAUACUUAGGGCACCUGAAUCUUAUGCUGCAGUCAGAGGUCACAUGUUAAGGUCAUUUUCAGGUCAACGUUAAAGUUUCCAUGCAAGACUCUUAUGACACAACUCUGCGACCGUUAGUCACUUUUCAAAAAAACUUAAGAUGGUAGAUGUACUUCGGAGACCUGCAUGUUAUGCUACAGUUGGAGGUCACAUGGUAAGGUUAAAGGUCAUUUUCAGGUCAAUGUUAAAGUUUACAUGCAUAACUCUACACCCGUAAGUCAAUUUUAAACCUAUCUUAGAUGGUAGAAGUACUUCGGAGACCUGCAUGUAAUGCUACAGUCAGAGGUCACAUGGUAAGGUCAAAGGUCAUUUUGAGGUCAACAUUUAAGUUUACAUGCAAGACUCAUACGACAAAUGUUAUUCCAUCCCAGUUAUUACACAACAAACUUUUGAUACAAUUCUGUUGCGUGUCCUUGCAAAUCACAAUAUUUCUGGUCAUUUUCACAAGUGGGCAAGACACAACAUUGCUUAUGCCUUGUUUAUAACUUUGAUGUUUGUAUUUGAUUUCAACUUGCUCUCAUGGGAGUAACAUUUUGAAUUCAGGAUUUUAGUUUUUUUUUUUUUAACAUGGAAUGACAUGAAGUGAACAUCAUUCAUUUUAGUUGCAUUCUAUGUGGUGCAUUGAAUUAGACAUCUGUGAUAGUAUGAAUAAAUGUAAAGUGUAAUGUAUCUUUCUAUUGCCAACUCUUUUUAUAACCUGCCAACUAUUAUUCUUCCUUCAGUGUAUCAUUCAUUACUCGGGAUGUAGGAAUUUAAUAUUUCACGUGUGUCUAGUGUUAUGUGUUUAUCAUGAGAGUGUGUUCAAACCAGAUUAACAAACAAAUCUCUAAUGAAAAGUCACUUCAGAAGGAGUCUUAUUUUCCCUAGAAUUUAUAUCUUUCAAUUCUCACUAUAGAGGAAUAUUUUUAAUAAGCAAAAGUAAUUUGUAUGAAUAAGUUUUCCCUUGAAUUGAAAUUGCUGCAUGUUUGUAUGUUGUUUACAUGUAUGUAAAUGGAACAUAGCUUUAUAGCAAUAUAACCAGAGAUUGAACUGUUUUUAGAUUAAAUAAUUUGUGAAUAUGUCAACCCAGUAUCUAAGUUUGUUAUUGUGAAAUUAUUCAUCUUAUGACUGUUAUAACCUUACCUGUAUUUCUUUGAAAUAAUGUAAAGAAAUACAUUAUUAUCCAAUUUUAUUGAGUCUGAUAAUUUCCUGAUCAUGCAGAGACGAAUGUGAUAGAAUUAUAAAUGUAUUUCUCAUUUAGUUAUUAGUUAUUCAAAUCAUUAUUGUAAAUCUAUUAUUUAAUUUCACCUUGUAAUUCAUUAGUCAAAGCCUUGAAAAGGGAAUGUCACAAGUCAAUAAAAUUUUCAAAUUUUUCACAAGGAUUAAUAAAAUUGAAUUAUUACUUAAGCCUUUGAGAUGUGAAUGUAAUUACAAUCAGCUGAUACAAGAUGUGACUCUUUAUGGUUCAUUUCCUUUAAUUGGUAACAGGUUGAUAUUUCAAUGUAAUGUAUGAGAAGUGCAUAAGGAAUAUAGUAUGCAAUACAUAUGUAAUAGUGUGGUCUUGUAACUGCACAGUGGGGUCAGUGACACUAUCCCAUAACUAUAGAUGUGAAAACAGAAAUAUUGUUAGAUAUUAGAUUCCAAUUAAUCACUGCAAGAAAUGAAAGACUACAGAUGAGAUCAUGAAGUUGAUAAUUGUUCAGAACAUGUGCAAGUCCAUCAUAAUCUUAUGAAUGCUUUUUUUUGUUACUAAAAGUUGAUCUUUAUCAGCAUACAGUUUGAUCUUUGUCUGCAAGGGUAAUGUUUGGUACAGGCUGCUCUAAUUGUUGAGUGCAGUAUGACAUGAAGAAGUCUGAGAAGGAGCAUUCUUGAUAGUACCGUAAUAUUGAUAACAAUAAUGAUGAAUGUUUUUUUUUUACAGUGCAUAUCAUGUAACGUACAUUUUACUGAGUUUACUUCGUCAAAUUGGGGUACACUUUUCACUUAGUUAGUUUUUAAUUUAUCUUGUGUAUCAGUUGCUUUAAGUGAAUGAGGAUGAUUAUUUUUAUGCUGAAAAUACUUUGUAGAUUAUGUUCAUGAUUUAACAUGGUUGAUGUUGACUUUGGAUUAAGUUUUACAAAUUUGAUAUGCUAUUAUUCUUUCACUUCAUGAUUCCACUUCAGAGCUGCCAACCAGUACGUUUUUGCAACCAAAAUACAAUGUUUUUCUUAAAAAAAUACGAUUAAAAUUUUUUUUUUACAAAAUCGUAA